CUCUCUUCUACACAAUCGAAGGACUCAUGGCGCCCUAAAAGGAUGAUCUGGAAUUUCUUACCACAUUUGUCUACAGCUGCACCGUCCUUGCUUGGAAGAUGAGGUCCAGUGACUUCUCCGUGCGACUAUUGCUGGACGAGGUUGAGGAUUUAAAGAGAAUGGAACGACGGAUCCUCGAUGCACUUGACUGGAAAAUGCUAUCGAUUACGGCAGUGUUCUUCACCGAUUUCUUCGUGUCGUUGAUCGUCGUCCACGACAACGAUCCACGAAAAAUACUACCUGCUGUCAACCCUCGGAGAAUUCUAAACCAUGUCUUUUUCAUGCAUUACAAUACCGAAUUUACACGGUUCAAGCCAUCGAUAAUCGCAGCCGUGGGAGUUGUAGCUGAAAGAUCAGAGAAAGGAUCACCGGGCGACUCAUGCGUCGACCCGAUUUUACGCUGCAAAUUUGUUGACAUGGAUGAGUUUGAGAAUUGCUUCGAUCUAUUAAGGUUUAAGAGGGCCACGGAGAUCGCAAAUGCUGCAUUAAUCCCUCGAAUUGAUUUUCCUGAGUCUCCGUCACCACCAGCUCAGCAAGAAGAACAGGAGGAGUACUCGGAGGAGGAGGAAGCGGAGGAGAUCACAAAUGCUGCAGUAAUCCAUGGAGGUGGACGCAAAGGAAGAAAAAGAAGAAGAGUAGUAAUUGGAGAAAAAGCAGAAGUUCUUUCUAAUGGGAGAGCCAGUGUUAACCCCUUUUAGAGUAGUAGAAGUUAUACUGGAGAACACCAAG